CACACAUAGAUGCGUUGAUAUCUAAAAGUUUUUUGUCUUGCUCUUGUUUACCCGGUGGUUUAUCAUCGCUCUAUCAAGUCGCUUUCUGAAAGCGUCUUCUCGGUUUUUGUUUCACGUUUCAGUUUAUCGCUUCCUUCUCUAUCAACAUGGUCGUCGCCUUUGCCUCCGCCUCCAGUGGGUUCUGCUCUCUGGAGCCCAACACCCCAGUCGACUACUUCCUACCUACUUCACUCUCCCAGCAUUCUCGCCUUCCUUAUGUCCCUCAGCUCAUGCCACCUCAGAUGUUGGCACCUUACCCAAACGGCAAUAUGGGUCCCCAUGCAGCAGCUAUCGGAAGCCACUACGUUUCAAAUAAGCAGCAGCGUGGCCAGAUGAACCCUGCUCUUUCUCAGUCUUGGAUUAACCACCAAAGAAAAGGUUACUCCGACGCCUUCCAAAAUGGGCACUGGAGUCAAGCAGCUGCGGUAAACCAGGUUCCCAAGCUCGAGGAGGACCACUGGAACGCUCGCAACAGUCAGCGGCAAUCCGGUCUUCUGUCGAAUGGCCAUAAAGGAAUGUCCGGUUUCUCUGGCUUUGGAAACGACAUGGCGCUGCAGCAACGUGGUCUUGAGCAAGGUGUGCAAAAGGCCUGUCACUAUGACGCGUUGCAGAAUACUUCCUUGUCGGAGCCUAAAACCGGUGGCGUGUCAUCAAAGCUAGACUAUAGCCUUGAUAUCAUGUCAGAAUUCCUAUGCACUAUGUCGUCGACUAUCAUGGGAUACAAGAUUCCCCCAUCCCCUGUGCUCAUCAAAUUCACUCAUCAGCUUUUGUCGUCCACUAGGCUGCCUGGCUCUACGAUUAUACUGGCCCUGGUUUACUUGAGUAAACGAUGUGCCUUGCAGGCUCCGUCUGCUGUUGACCAGACUGCUCAGUACAAUCUCCUUAUCGUCUCGCUGAUUUUGGCCAACAAGUUCAACGACGACAACACCUUCACCAAUAAAUCCUGGGGUGAAGUGACUGGAUUGCCUAUCAGUGAGCUUACGAGGGUUGAGACCGAUUGGUUGAAGCUUGUCAAAUGGCAGCUUAACCUUCAUGAUGAUGACAUCGGUGUAUGGAAUAGAUGGAACGACUAUUGGUAUGAGUAUUCGCUACAUGCUACCAAGAAGUCAUCUGUUCAUACACCUCAAGUUGCUCCCAUCAGCCAGUCGCACAUGUCAGCUCCUCCGAUGCAAUGCUCUGCGGAUUAUUGGGUCGAUACCAGGUACGAUCAGGAGCCGGCCAUGCGCAAUCGUCAUGGCUAUUACUCGAAUCAGUAUAAUGUGCAGUCACAGUACCGCUAUGGUAACUACUCCGGCGCGUACUGCAAUACGUCUCAGCAGCAGCCGAUUCAGCUGCAUCAGCAACAGCAGCAGCAUCUAAUGGCUCACCAGAACUCGCACAACCAACACGGUCUUUUGUCGAGGUACUCGUCUCAAUGCAAUUGCCACUACUGUGUUUUUGAGCCUAUCGUCCCUACUUGGUUAGGACCUGCUGCUGCUGCGUGUUGAUUUUCGCGUUUUUAAUUUUUAUCCUUCCUAUAUAUUCUUUGGAAAAGUGGUUAGCCGGAAAUGUUGUGAUUUUGGAAGUUUCUAUUUUUUUGCUACUUCCAUAUACUUAAUACUUGGAAAGUGUUUUCGUUUUAUAUUUAUUUUUAUCAGUACAUCCCUUGGUCAUUAUU